CUUCAUUUUUAUUUCAGACUUUGCUAGAGGAGGGAGCCAUUCGUGGUCUUUCUUCUCGACUCUCCUUUGCGAUUCGAUUUUGACUGAAGUCAAAAAUCUCCGAACGACUCUCGCUUGCUUAAGGGUGAGCUAGAAAUAACAUUCAACCUUUAAAGAAGACUGACGCACGACGUAACGAUUUUUUUAGUCGUGCGAUUUGAAAAUACCGUCGCCGUUAAAAACCGUUACAGAAUUUUUGAAUUUGUCGUUGCGUCAUCCCUUUCUCUAUUGCAGCGAUUCAAUUUUAUCACUGUAUUGUUUAAAAAAGUUCUUAACAAACCACAGUUUUAUUGCUAUUUUCGAGUUUAAUCGGCUAUCAUUUUGCUGUGUAAGGGGAGCUUUGUCAGAUCCAAAGAAGCAGUUAACGUCAUUUCUUAAAGUUCAAAUUCGGGAAAAAGGGAUAUAUUUUUCAAAGGAAAUAUCUUUAUAAGAAACGAUUAUUUUUUGUUUCGGAAGCUUUAAAACAUCUGAUCCACUGUUUCAUAUUGAUAAAAAGGGAUAAGUGAUUUUCACUGCUUGUGUGCAAAACAACAACAACAAAAACAAAAAAAAAACAAAAAAAACAACAAAAAGCAAAACCAAAAGGAAAACAAAACAAAACAUAAAGGCUACAGAAAAACAAGUAAAAGAAUCAAGCGAAGAUGCCUGCUGUUCUCUCCACCGUCGCUAAGGGCGUCCGAAAAGUGCUAGAGAAGUACCCGGUGACGCGAGGCAUGGUGGCCUACGCGCUGCUGUGGCCGGCGGGAAACCUUGUACAGCAGAGUCUAGACGGCUCGCGAACUUCCUUCGACCUGUGGGAAGCCCUGAGGUAUGGGCUCUACGGCUCCUGCAUCAACGCCCCGCUCCUCUACAGGUGGAUCAAGACCAUGACAUACCUCAUUCCGGGAAAUUCGAUAAGGCACGCCAUUGCCAAGGGCUACGUGGACCAGCUGGUGUUUGCUCCUUUCAAUAUCUCGCAGUUCUUCCUGGGGAUGUCGCUUCUUGAGGGCAAGGCGGUGGACGAGAGCAUCUCCGAAUGGCAAGACAAGAUGCUGCCGACUUGGCUGGUGAGCCUCUCCAUCUGGCCGAUCCUACAGGCCCUCAACUUCAGCCUGGUGCCGGAGAAGAACCGCGUGAUGGCGAUCUCCCUCGGCUCCUUCUUCUGGAUGGUGUUCCUCUCGUACGUGCACCACACCCGCGCCGAGGACCUGCCCGCCGAGCUCACCACACGCCGCGUUCACUACGACUACAAGCACGGACCGCGCGAGGCCAUCGAGACGUGGGUGACAGCCGCAGCGAUCUCCUCGAACGCGGCCGCCUUGCCGAGGACUGAAGGCUGGGCUUCUGUAUUCGGUACGACGGCCCACUGUUAUUCUGUGAAGAAUGAGAAGUCAUCCCAUGAGGAACGUGACCUCACUGCCAAGAAGACAAGGGACUCAUUAAGUUGUGCGAACGGGAAGUUGGACUCCACAACAUGUGACGUCAUUAAGAAAGAAUGAAGCGGUCGGGUUGGACAAACAAGACGCAAUAAUACAUCUAGAAGGAAUGAUUCGAAUGGCUGUGAGGAGAGGAAAGAGUGAUAUAUCUGGCUGUGCAAACAAGAAGGAAUGCUCCAUCCGUUUCAGGAAAUGGGUCUCCUUGUCGGUAGAAGGCUUUGACACUUGCCAAAUAAGCAUGAGGCUCCAUCCACAAGGGCGUAGACUACAAUGAUAAGAGAGAGAGAGAGAGAGAGAGAGAGAGAGAGAGAGAGAGAGAGAGAGAGAGAGAGAGAGAGAGAGAGAGAGAGAGAGAGAGAGAGAGAGAGAGCUAUUUAUUCUUAAGGAGUCCCUAUAAUUUGCUUAACAUCAACCUGAAAGGCACAAGAUGUCGCCAUUAUUCCCCAAACAGAAAUGCAUUUAUCCUUCAAAACCGUUUCUAUGUAAACUUGAAUAGAUCUUCCUGCGAGAAACUAUGCAUAAAAAAGGUCCAUUUACGUGCAAAAAACCGUGAACAAAAUCAGCGAUCCCUUGUGUCCAAAAUUCUUAAAAUAGACGUAUGAAAGCCGAAUCGCCCCGAAAUUAGCGGCUAAUAAUUUCUGCGAAUAACUUCACCUCGCGAAUUCUCGGAGGAGGCUCUGAUGGCAUCACCGACGGUCGCGUCAAGGGCUGUUUUUUUUAUGCAGUGUUUCACGUGAAAAGUUUUAUUUUGACUUUUUAGUGUCCCGAGUGAUUUAUGCAUUUGUUGACCAUUAUCUUAUCUCAUCGGGGUUUAUUAUCGCGUGUAGUUAAUGGCCUUGUAAGAUUUAGUGAUUACACAAAUUUGUUGAUAAAAAUGACAUAUAUUUUUUUGUAGUCAUUCUCAUCUCAUUAUAAGUCACUGUAAUUGCCUAAUGCAUACAUCAUAUAUCUUCUGUGGAUAUUUUCCAUUAUAAUCAUCGUUGCAUAACUUAUCAGUAUUACCUUUAGUUUUGUAGUUAACGGGAUAAUCAUCAGUAUAUUUUGAUUUGUAGUGAAAAUAGUUAAUAAAGUUUAUUAUUUUAGUG